UGUGCUUUGUUUAUUCCUUAACAGCAGGUGGCAGUCACACACGAGCUCAAUAGCGCCGCAUGAACACUCGACGGAGAGCAAUGUCUGUGGUGAAUGUAGUUCAGCUUGGGUAAAACCAGAAACUGCAUCCAAAGGCGAUUCAUAACAGAUCUGCAGCUGCGCGUUUGGAACUGUAUCUGCGCAAUAAGCUCAGCUCGCAGAUGCGUCCAAGAGAGCGAUUCCGCAGACGCCACUUUCUGCUGCGCUCUUCCAUGAGCUAACUGCACCUCUUACUGAGUUUUUCAGUGCAAAACAUAAAUAAAACGAAAAUGUCUAUGGAGUUAGAUGUGUUUGUGGGGAACACUACUGUCCUGGAUCAAGACGUGUACCAACUGUGGUUGGACGGGCACACAGUCUCAGAUGCAGUGAGGAUACGGAUGGAAGCAGGUGCCUUGCAGGAGUGUGAAGCCAAUGCAGAAGUUCUGCACAGCGACACCACGGACCAGUUCAGAACAUUCCAGAUGUGUGAGCGGCUCCUCCAGUCCCCUUCCAAAGUGGCCAAUCAGCUUCUGUUCCAGAUCCCUCCUCACCGUCAAACCAUGCUCAUUGAGAGGUAUUAUGAGUUUGAUAGUGUUUUUGCCAGGGAGGUGCUGAGUAAGAAACUCUCCAAAGGGACCAAAAAAGACUUGGACGACAUCAGUUCAAAGACUGGGAUUGCACUCAAGAGCUGUCGUCGACAGUUUGACAAUUUCAAGCGUGUGUUUAAAGUGGUGGAAGAGCUAAAAGGCCCCCUGGUGGAGAACAUACAGCGUCACUUUCUCCUGUCUGAUGUUCUGGCAAGGGACUAUGCUGCCAUAGUGUUCUUUGCUAACAGUCGUUUUGAGGCAGGAAAGAGAAAGCUACAAUACUUGUCUUUCCAGGACUUUGCCUUUUGUGCUGGUCAGCUCAUCAGCUACUGGACCGUGGGGGCAGUUGACAACAUGAUGGAAGACUUGGAUGUUGAUCUAGAAAAAGAUUUUCUCCAUGACUUGAAAGACUUGAAAGUUUUGGUUAAUGAUAAGGACAUGUUGGACCAACACAAAAGUUUGGUGUGUGCACAGCUUAGAGGGAAAAUUAAAGUCUUUAGUGAGAUGGAGGCCAAUUUUAAGAAUUUGUCAAGAGCUCUAGUUAACAUCGCCUCAAAACUCACACACACCAAAGAUUUCCGAGAUCUGUUCAUCGACCUUGUGGAGAAGUUCAUUGAACCAUGCCGGUCAGAUAAAUGGACAUUCGGAGACCUCAGACAUUUCCUCAAGCAUUACAGCAGCUCUGUACACAUGCUUGAGGCUUUCAGGCAUCAAGUAAUAUGGGACAGAUACAUGGGUGUCAUCAAAAGCUGCAUCCUGAAAAUGUACCAUGACUAGAACAUACUUCCAAUGCUGGUUUCUAGUUAGAUUGACUAAAUCUUUCUACAAACCUUUAAAAAGCUAGUAGCCUUCUUGUUUGUAAAUUGCUACCUCAGCUCCCUUUGUAUAUCACAGUAUUCUUGUACAUUUGGUUUAACUUGAGUAAAAAAAAAAAAAAGUGUUGUCUACCAAUCUGCCCUAUUUGUUGUUUGUAAAAGUGGUCAUUAGUAAUGUCCUUACUUAAUAUUCAGGGUAAUACAUAAAAGUUUUUUUUUUUUCUAUGGAUCAUUGAAGAACCUUUAGCAUCCAUAGAACCUUUCCAUUGCACUAAAGGUUCCUUAUAGUGAAAAAAAAAAAAAAAAAAAGUUUCCUUAAAUUAUUCAAAUGUUCUUCACACUAAGAAAAAAUGGUUCUUUUGAAGGAAUGGUUCAAACUAAAAUGUAGAAGAGUUUGUUUCUACAUCAGAAUGUAUUUCUACACUUUGACAGAUUUGAAAUUUGAGUUUAGCAUUAUGUCACUCGAUCACCAAUGGACCUUAAGUGAAUGGGUGCCGUCGGAAAACAUCACAAUAAUCCAACAGUAAUCCACAUGACUCCAGUCCAUCAUUUAAUGUCUUGAGAAGAAAAAAGCUGUGUUUGCUGGAAAUAAAUCCAUCAUUAAGGCAUUUUAACUUUAAACUGUGACUUCUGGCCAAAAGACGAGUCUAUAAUCCAUAAUAACGCUUGCUCCAGAGAAAACGUCCAUCCCCUGUUCUCUCACAUCAGAUCAACUGACAUAUUUGUUUAGAACUGUUUUUGCUCAUAAACAGUGCUUGAGCUGUGGAUAUUUCUCUCCUGAUUCAGAUGGGAUAACUUUUUUUACUUGGGAAAGCAGUUUAAUAGAGGAAUUUUUAACAUGAUUUGAAGUUAAAAACAUCUUUAUGAAUUUAUUAUAAAAAAUGUUUUUUCGCUUCACAAGACACGAACUGAUGGACUACAGUCGUGUGGAUUAUUGUGAUGUGUUU